AUGGAAAGAAACCACAAUCCAGGUAACUGUAAUGUUUUAAAAUUUUUAAUUGCUGAUAAGAAGAAUAAAAGGAGAAAUUUUGGACAGAUUGUAUCAGAUGUUGGAAGAAUCUGUUACAGUGUUAGUUUUUCUUUAAGUGAACCUACAACUAUGGGAAGAAAUAACCUAACAAGACCCUCUGAAUUCAUCCUCCUUGGACUCUCCUCUCAACCUGAGGAUCAGAAGCCGCUCUUUGCUGUGUUUCUCCCCAUCUACCUUAUCACAGUGAUAGGAAACCUGCUUGUCAUCCUGGCCAUCCACUCAGACACUCGUCUCCAGACACCCAUGUACUUCUUUCUAAGCAUCCUGUCUUUUGUUGACAUUUGCUAUGUGACAGUCAUUAUCCCUAAGAUGCUGGUGAACUUCUUAUCAGAGACAAAGACCAUCUCUUAUGGUGAGUGUCUGACCCAGAUGUACUUUUUCUUAGCCUUUGGAAACACAGACAGUUACCUGCUAGCAGCCAUGGCCAUUGACCGCUACGUGGCCAUAUGUAAUCCCUUCCACUACAUCACCAUUAUGAGUCACAGAUGCUGUGUCCUGCUUCUGGUUCUCUCCUUCUGCAUUCCACAUUUUCACUCCCUCCUGCACAUUCUUCUGACUAAUCAACUCAUCUUCUGUGCCUCCAAUGUCAUCCAUCACUUUUUCUGUGAUGAUCAACCAGUGCUAAAAUUGUCCUGUUCCUCCCAUUUUGUCAAAGAAAUCACAGUAAUGACAGAAGGCUUGGCUGUCAUAAUGACCCCGUUUUCAUGCAUCGUCAUCUCUUAUUUAAGAAUCCUCAUCACUGUUCUGAAGAUUCCUUCAGCUGCUGGAAAGCGUAAAGCAUUUUCUACCUGUGGCUCUCAUCUCACAGUGGUGACCCUGUUUUAUGGAAGCAUUAGCUAUGUCUAUUUUCAGCCCCUCUCCAACUAUACUGUCAAGGAUCGAAUAGCAACAAUUAUCUACACCAUACUGACUCCUAUGCUAAAUCCAUUUAUCUAUAGUCUGAGGAACAAAGACAUGAAGCAGGGUUUGGGAAAGUUGAUGCACGGGAUGAAAUGUCAGUAA